GUUUUUGAUUGCGGAAGUGUAGCUACAGAUGCUGUAGGCGCAGCCCAGUGAAGCAAUUUGACUGUUGUAAUUUGACCGUAUUUUGAUUCAGCUUUAUGUAGGCCUCCGGGAGCUUCAGUAAACAGCUCGAUCAGUGUUCCAGGUUGAGCUGUCACGAUGACGGACCACACUGACAUCAGUCUGCAGCCAGAGGAGCGAGUCCGCGCUCUGACCAAGAAGGGAAGCUCAGUGGAAGUUAAUGACGAUGUGCCACCACGCCGCUACUUCCGCUCCGGCAUGGAGAUGAUCCGCAUGGCCAACAUCUACGCAGAGGAGGGCAACAUUGAGCACGCCUUCCUCCUUUACAAUAAAUAUAUCACGCUCUUUAUAGAAAAACUUCCCAAGCAUCGGGAGUACAAGACUGCCAACAUUCCAGAGAAGAAGGACACACUAAAGAAACUGAAGGAUGUUGCGUUCCCUCAAGCAGAGAUUCUGAAAAAAGCUCUUUUGCGGAAAUUUGAGCAGGACUAUGCACAGUAUCUUGUCAAAAAGAAAGCUGAGCAGGAGGCCUUGGCACGGGAGCAGUCCAAGCAGCGCGCGCUGGACGCAGAGCGGGAGCGUGUGGCCGAGAUGCAGCGGCGACAGCGGGAGCAGGAGCAGUUCAGUGCCUUUGAGGAGAUGAUCCGCCGCCAGGAGCUGGAGAAGGAACGCCAGCGCGUGCUCUUGGAAUUCGCCACCCCUGCCGCGCCUUCCCCUGACACACCCCUCCUUCCAGGCAUCCAGGGCCCCCCGCAGGUCUCCCCCACCGCCCCGCAGAGCCCAGGGGACCUGUCCGGCAGCACCAACCACCAAUACAAUCGCCCUCCUGCAACCAUCGGCACACCUGCCACUGCCCCACCCACUUUCGACCGCUCACUCAAGCCCGGGUCUCUGGUCAGCCCAGGGAACAACAAUACAAUGGUGGAUGCCCUUCGGCAGUUGGCUGUUCCCGCUGAGCUGUGCCGGAGCUUUCUGAGGCUGGCCGAGGCCAACACAAGCCGAGCUGUAGAAACUUGUGGCAUCCUGUGUGGCAAACUGACCAGAAAUGCGUUUACUGUGACCCACGUCAUCGUACCAAAGCAGUGUGGUGGACCAGAUUAUUGUGACACAGAAAAUGAGGAGGAGCUCUUCCUCAUACAGGACCAGUACGAUCUCAUCACCCUGGGCUGGAUACAUACUCACCCCACACAGACGGCCUUCCUGUCCAGCGUUGACCUCCACACACACUGCUCCUACCAGAUGAUGUUGCCGGAGGCCAUCGCCAUCGUCUGCUCGCCUAAGUUUAAUGAAAUCGGCUACUUCAGGUUGACAGAUCGAGGAACAGAUGAGAUCUCCACAUGUAAACAGAAAGGCUUUCACCCUCACAGCAGAGAUCCACCUCUAUUUACACACGCGGGACAUGUCAACAUCACCGAUGACACUGUGUCCAUGAUGGAUUUGCGGUGAUUUUUUUUUUCCUUUUCUUUUUUCACCAGAACACUCAUAGACUGUCUGUUUUAUCAAACUGCAGACAUUUUACUGGAGACAACACUCAUUUUAUUUUUAGGACGGUACUGAGCAAAUGCCGACCACGAGUUUACCAUUUAUAAGGACUUCAAUUGUUCUCAAAGGGCACAACAUUGUGAACCUUUUUUUUUUGCUCUGUAAGAAAGAAAAAUCCACAUAUUAUUGCACUUUCCAAGCAUACAACUAUCCACAAAACAGACUGGCAAACCUCCGACUCUUCAACCCCUCUGUUUUUGUCGGUGUGUGCUCCACUUCCUUCCUGUUCCACUUUUGUUUUUUUGUUAUUAAUAAAACAUGUAUGUUUGUCAGCGUCUGGUAACCCAACCUUUGUUCUGUAAUUGCCAUCAAAGUUUGGUUCUGCCUGACAGAUGAAGUGCCAAGGACGAGAACAUUCACUCUCUGUUGAGUUGUUCAUUGUGCAACAUGAAGUCCAGUGUGAAACUAUAGUUUGUAAUCUUUGUUUUGACUCGGUGUUUCCUUCAUAAGCUGUCGAAGUGCUACGAGUGAUGGGAAAUAUGAAAGCCAGUUGUAACUCAGGUAUGCAGGCAGUGCUGCUGCUCUGUAUUAUAUUUUUAUAUAAAACCAUCACUCCACACCAUCCUUUAUCUAUGAAGGGGUUUGUUUAAUUCCUGCUUAUGAUGGAUUCACCUUUGACAUGUUUUUAUUUCCUUUAUGUUUGGGGGGGAGAAAGCAGUUGGUAGUUACCUGUAUAAUGUGUCCAUGCUUUAGAGGACAUGUGUGCAACAGGCGAUCUGAAUGUACCUCCUGCUCCAUGUUAUCACACAUCACUAACCACAUGGCCAGGAUUCAUGCCUCUAACCAUUUUUGUUUGCUCCCUUCACUUGAUAGAAGAAGUAAAUGAUUAGCCAUAAUAACUGUAUGAGAAUACCCACGAUGGAUUAAAUGCCAAGUCAAAAAUAAACUCAUUGUAGAUAAAUUUA